UUCAGUUAAAUAGACCAAUGCGAUGUUUUCCAUUCCAUGGAAGAAUCACCAAUUUACCUUUGGACGGUAAAAAAAAAUAUUUUCCAGGAAAAGCAUCCUCAUCUAACCGUCGCCUCUCAUGCCUGUGAUCAUAUGACAAAGUGGCAGUAUUAAUUGCGGGACUGAAUGGCGCCGUCAACUCUGAUUGCCGCAAUUUUUUUAGUAAUGUAUCUGACAUGUCUAACAAGUCUCGCCAGUCAUGCCAGUGGGCAAAGUACAUCCUCGAAUACCAUUCGUCUUGUGAAUGGUAGCAAUGAUCUACAGGGCCGAGUGGAGGUGUUAAUAGAUGGCAUUUGGGGGACAGUCUGUGAUGAUUAUUGGAAUCUUAAUGAUGCUCAUGUCGUGUGUCGUCAGUUGGGCUAUGUAAGAGGUCUCUCAGCAACUGGGUCUGCGCAGUUUGGCCGUGGAACCAUCCCAAUCGUUCUAGAUGAUGUAAAAUGCAAAGGAUCAGAAAAACAGUUACAAGAUUGUCCUGCAAACAGAGAAAACAACUGUAACCAUGGUGAAGAUGCUGGUGUCAAAUGCACAACUAUAACUUCCAGUGAGAUUGUUCUUGUUGGCGGUAGCAGUGAAGAGGAAGGCCGAGUAGAGGUCUUUGUAAACAAUGCUUGGGGAACUGUCUGUGGUGAUGAUUGGGAUCUAACUGAUGCAACGGUGGUAUGUCGUCAGUUGGGCUAUAAUUACGCAGUAUCAGCUUUUGGUUGGGCUCAUUUCGGUGAAGGGAAAGGUGAAAUUGCUCUGGAAAAUGUUAACUGCUCAGGACAAGAAAGCAGGUUGCAAGACUGUAGAUCAUCACCCUACAAGUACAUGUACCACUGCGGCCAUUGGAGAGAUGCUGGAGUCAUCUGUACAGGUGGGCUUGGUACAUCUGACGUACGGCUUGCAGGAGACAAUAGCAGUGUUCAUGGCCGAGUGGAGGUGUUUAUCAAUGGUGUCUGGGGAACAGUUUGUGAUGAUGACUGGGAUUUGAAUGAUGCAAGAGUUGUAUGUCGGCAACUAGGCUUUGUGGAUGCACUUUCUGCUGUUGGAUCUGCAGAAUUCGGGCAGGGCAGUGGAGAUGUAUUUUUAGAUAACCUGGCAUGUGAUGGGACAGAGAGAACAUUGUUGGAUUGCCCACGGGCGGCCAGGCCCUACUGUAGACACAGUAGAGAUGCUGGUGUCAUUUGUCUAAGAGCAACAGAACACAGUGGUAUGCGGCUAGUUGGUGGUAGCAGUGCUCUAGAGGGACGAGUAGAGGUGAAGUUUGGAAAUCUUUGGGGUACUAUCUGUGACGAUGACUGGGAUUUAGCUGAUGCUACCGUGGUUUGUCGUCAGCUGGGUUAUGGAGAGGCUCUCUCAGCUCCUGGUGGUGCAACAUUUGGUGAAGGAACUGGUUUAAUAGCCAUGGACGAAGUGGAUUGUAAAGGAACAGAAGACAAUCUGUCGGAUUGUGCAUAUCAUGCUAUGGAAGAUUGCCAACAUUCUGAAGAUGCUGGUGUGUCUUGUAGUGGAAUGCAACCAGCAUAUAAGUUUGGUCAAGUCCGUUUGGUAGACGGGAGCUCAGAAUAUGAGGGCUAUGUGGAGGUUAAUUACAACCGUCAGUGGGGUACAGUCUGUGACGUUGGAUGGGACAAACUUGAUGCGGAUGUCGUGUGUGAGGAGCUGGGAUUUGAUUUUGCCAUCUUUACAUCCGAAAGUCGUGAUUAUAACCGGUCCGCUGGUGGACCCGUCUGGCUUUCCAAUGUGCGCUGUAGUGGGACCGAAGACAGACUAGCCAAGUGUUACCAUGGAAAGUGGGAUGACAAUUACUGCUCACACGCUCAAGAUGUGUGGGUGAAAUGCAACAGUGCUCCAAGUACAAGUACAUCACUGACCACAGCGGCUAUUGUUGGGAUUGCAGUGGGAUCGUUUGUAGCUUUGAUUCUUUGCAUCUUCUGCAGUUAUUGGUUUUGCCGUUCGUCAAAAAACACCACUACUGCAAGUCCAGCGGCCUCCAGGACUACCUAUUCUCAAGUCCCAGCCAAUGAAGCCAACACAGCCACUCCAGUCAUCCACUAUCAUACUGCUCAACAGUCUGUCAGUGUAGCGCCCUCUAUAGGAACACAACCGUCAGCCACCAGGUAUCCAGCUAAUGAGACUCCACCGCCAUCUUAUGAGACCACUGUAGCUCAGCCCACAGUGUCCCCAUAAGUACUCAGCAAAGGGGCUGAAGCUGAGACAACACAGCAAACAGGUUCUUACAACCCCGCCUACUCACUUGCACAGUCCCCGCCCUGAUGAACUCAGGGCUGCACCUCAGACCCAAGUAAUGUCUAAUUCCAACAUACAAAUUACUCUCUGACUAAUAACCUUUGGCCUUAGCACCUCGUUAAGUCACAUAUUGAGCCCACUUGGUCCUGUGAAUGAAAAGCUGAAAAGGAUGCAACAUCAACUCAAGGAGAUACUGGAUUGUGUAACAGUGAAAAUGCUCUAUAAGAUGGUGAAAAAUGCCCAAAACAAAUACAGAAGUGGUUACUAGUGAUUAGAUUCAACUUGGGCCUCUUGUUAAUGAAGAACAUAAGAAAUGUUGGAAUUCUAAAUUUCCUUACUCAGCUAUUUCAUGUGGAAUGACAUGUCAGCAUGGAAUGUUCUGUGAUAUAACAUGGAAAUCACUGUUGCUCGUGAGUACCAAAAUUAACAUAUGCUUAUAACACAAAAGACACUAAACUCCUUUUAAAGUAGCAAAAAGAAAGAAAUGAAACGAGAGAACUGAAAUAGAAUGAUACAUUUUUAAGGGUUGUAGCAAAAAUUGAUCCCAAAUGUUACAAGUAAAAGGAGAUGAUUGUUGUCUGCGUAAUGCAAACAUCGGUCAUAAAUGCCUGAGGCAGGUGGAUCACUCUGAUUGGUUCUACACUACUGUGGCUAGUACGAAGUGUACUAUAUGUGAGCUGGUCUCUGUACAAGGAGAUUGUUUAGAACUAUAUAUGGAAGGCAUUCACUGUUAGACGUGAGGUAGAGGGGUGACUCACAAAAACAUGAAGAAAAUUUGAAUUGUAGAAUAGUUGGAUUGGAAUUCAAAUAGUGUGCUUGAAAGGUUUGAAGAGUAAGGAAAACACUGCGUAAUUGAUACUUGAUCACUUCCAAACCUGUAAGGUCUUUAUUUAGGUAUGAGGCUCAUGAUAACAGGAAGUGUUGAGUCAGUGCUAGUGUAUUCAUUACAGUGUAGAGGAAACUUGUUCUCCAAGUCCUCUCAUCGGGAGUCAGUUUCUCGUAAGUUUUAAAGUGCUGCAGCAUUUUAGCCAUUGUAACAUUUUAACAGGGCUGAGAAGUUUUUGAAAUGGUACACGUGAAAGUGUUGAUUGUAAAAUAUUGAAUAUUCAUAAAGCACUUGAUUGGCAAGUGUGAAAAGAUGUAUCUGGUUCGUAAGUGUGACAUCACCACGCCCACUGCACAUGGACAGCACAUAGUUACAUGCUUUGACCAUGGAACCGGAAGUGAAGGCGAAACUUCAGCGAUAGUCCAAUGGUAGCAUGCAAAUCGUGGCACGUCCGCCUUUGUGACGAAGUCACUUACGAAUCGGAUAAGUUGUAUAUGCAUACACAUUUACAUAUACACACUUAGAUAAUGCUAGAAGAUAUUACAUUCGUGUAAACAGACUUUUCUGAGAUUUUAUGGAGUGAUAUUUAUUGUAUCCUUAGCAUCAGAAACUGUAGGGAAAUUUCUAUAUUACAAUCUUUUCUGCAUGAAUAGUACUAUGUUUUGCAGCUGUCAUUAAGUGUACAUGUAUUAAAUCAGAUUAAUUGCCAAUUAUUCAUGUCAUAUGAGUCACUUAUAACCAUUUGAGCAGCUGGUAUAAUUUUAUGCUACAGAAAUUGAAUUAUUAUUAAUACUUUCACAUUUAAAAAGAUCCAAAAUUGCUACUUUGUAGACAUGUUAUAUUUUUGUCCGAAAUCAGGGCCACAGUGCUUACAUUCUGAAACAAAGGUCUAUGAAAAUGCCAGUAGUUUGCCAUAAAAGACGUGUAUUCAUUCCUUUAGGCCUGUUAAUGAAGCUUUUUAAAGUUUUAACUUCCUCCUUUUGGGGGGGAAGUAGAGGAAUACCAACUUUAUGAAAUUGAUGAGACUUGAGAGUUGGACAAGAGAAGGUCCUGCAGAACACUUGUCAAGCUUUGUCUGUAAUGUCUACAUUUUUAUCUCUUUUCCAAACUUUUUAUUCCUUGUGAUGUAUUGGGGCAGAUAGAACCAGAUAGUGUAAGUCAAACUUUUUCAAAAAAUUUCAACAUUUUUGUCAAACUGUUAGUUUGACAAAAAUGUUGAAAUAUUUCAAUACCUGCAAGGUGGGUAUCAUCUUAGACGGAUUUCAUUUCCAAUAGUUGUACAUUGUAGAAUAGGAUUUGUAUCCAUUUUUGAUGACAAGUACAAAGUGUCUGUAAUCGUUAAUGUGAUUGUAGUAAUACAUUACAGUUUACACAGUGACACAACACUAGAAGCAAAUAUAAGCCUCGUCUGAAUUAUUUGAUCGACUGAGGCUUGAAAUUACAUCCAUCGCCUUGUGAGCCAGAUACAAGUAAUUGGGACAUAGUUUUACAUCACUAGAAGGCUGGCACUGCAUACCUGUUUAGUGAAAGGUGUAUUUUUCAACAAUCAGAACACUUGAACUGAGGUUGGAAUCCAGACCAUAUGGAAAUCUGUACUAAUUCAAUCAUGGAUGCAGUAUGACAAAACAGAAAAUGUUUUCAUUUGAAACGAUUUUUUUGAAUAAAUACAUGUAUUGAGAUAAAAUAAAUACGAUUUCAAUCUACGGCGAACUUACA